AUGGGAACAACCUUCCAAGAUUAUUUAAUCAUGGCUGACACCAAAUCUGGACAUAUCAAAGCUGGUACUGAGAAAUCCGAGAUGGAAGGCUGUGAGGAAGAUAAGAAGACGAGGCUCGGAUCAUUGAAGAAGAAGGCGAUCAAUGCCUCGAACAAGUUCAGGAAUUCGCUGACAAAGAAGGGCCGACGAAACAGCAGGGUUAUGAGUGUUUCAAUCGAAGACGUAAUUGAUGCCGAGGAAUUGCAGGCAGUGGACUCCUUUCGCCAAGCACUCAUCUUAGAAGAGCUACUACCGUCUAAACACGAUGAUCAUCAUAUGAUGCUAAGAUUUUUAAGGGCUAGGAAAUACGACAUUGAGAAAGCAAAGCAAAUGUGGACUGACAUGCUUCAAUGGAGGAAGGAGUUUGGUGCUGACACAAUCCUGGAGGACUUUGAUUUCAAGGAGAUCGAUGAAGUUGUGAAAUACUAUCCGCAAGGAUACCAUGGAGUAGACAAGGAUGGAAGACCAGUCUACAUUGAGAGGUUAGGUCAAGUUGAUGCAAAUAAGCUAAUGCAAGUUACAACAAUUGAUCGAUACGUGAAAUACCAUGUGAAGGAGUUCGAGAAAACUUUUAAUGUCAAGUUUCCUGGUUGCUCCAUUGCAGCCAAGAAACAUAUUGAUCAGAGCACAACUAUUUUGGAUGUGCAAGGAGUGGGUUUAAAGAACUUCAAUAAGGCUGCAAGGGAUCUCCUUCAGCGAAUUCAGAAGAUCGACGGGGACAAUUACCCCGAGACACUAAACCGGAUGUUCAUCAUCAAUGCCGGUUCUGGAUUCAGGCUACUAUGGAACACAGUGAAAUCAUUCCUUGAUCCCAAGACCACAGCAAAAAUCCAUGUCUUGGGCAACAAAUACCAGUGCAAACUGCUUGAAAUAAUCGAUUCUAGUGAGUUGCCAGAUUUCUUGGGUGGCUCGUGCACUUGUGCUGAUAAAGGUGGUUGUAUGAGGUCGGAUAAGGGUCCAUGGAAUGAUCCAGAAAUAAUGAGGAUGGUUCAAAAUGGAGAAGGCAAAUGCUCAAGGAGAAGCUUGUCAGACAUUGAGGAGAAGACAAUAUCUGAAGAUGGCAAACCAUAUUCAAGGAUUGCAGAAGACUAUGAAAAACUCAUUCCAAUGGUCGACAAGACUGUAGAUACUACUUGGCCUACAUCAUUGAAGAAUCAAACUUGUGCUUUUCCUACAGAUUGCUAUCCCAUAAAAGGUGCCUGCAAGGCUCCUGAGGAGAGUAACAAACUCUUUGGAGGAGUCCUGUCGAUAAUCAUGGGUAUCGUCACCAUGGUUCGCUUGUCCCGCGGCAUGCCAAGGAAGCUUACAGAAGCUGCAAUGUUUGGAUCUGGUUACUAUGAUGACACAAUGCUUAAAGGCCAUUCCCAGAAGUUACCUACACCGGCUGUGUCCGCAGCUGAGUACUUGUCAGUGAUGAAACGAAUGGCCGAUUUGGAGGACAAGGCCAAGCUCAUGAGCAUGCAGCCUGCAGCCUUGCCACCAGAGAAGGAAGAGUUGCUGAAUAAUGCUCUGAGUCGUGUCAGUGCCCUCGAACAAGAGCUAUCCGCAACUAAAAAAGCACUUGAUGAUGCUCUUGCCCAGCAGAAGGAAAUACUUGCCUACAUCGAGAAGAAGAAGAAGAAAAAG